AUGGAAAUGAAUUGCUUUGUAGUGCUUUCUUCCCUCCUUCUACCCAUCUCCCUUCUGAAUACUCCAUUAUUCUCCCAUGGAGUAGAAACAAUUUCUGGAAACAAAUAUAUAACUCAGACUACAACUAUAUCCUCUCCCAAUGGAAGAUUUGAGUUGGGUUUCUUCACACCAGGUCAAUCUUCCAACUAUUACAUUGGUAUUUGGUACAAAAACAUCUCCCCUCAAACAGUAGUUUGGGUAGCAAAUAGAGUCACCCCAAUCCCCUCCUCCGCAAUCAAAUCCUCAAAACUGAGAAUCCUAGACGGCGACCUGGUCCUGGUAGACGGGGCACAAAACUUGAUGUGGUCAACCAAUCUCAGCGUCACCACGGUGAAGCAAAACUCUGUGCUAGCAACUCUUCGGGACAACGGAAACUUGGUUUUGAGCGAGGAUGACAUCAAUUCAACAACCCCACUUUGGGAAAGCUUUGACCACCCGACAGACACAAAUCUUCCCGGUUCCAAGUUCGGGUAUAACAAGCGCACAAAAACAACAUAUGGGUUCACGUCGUGGAAAAGUUGGGACGAUCCGGCACCCGGGCUAUAUAGUCUCGACAAUAAUGGCGACAUGGGAUUUUUAUUGUGGAACCGCACAGAGGAAUACGGGAGAAGUGGACACAAAUUCGGAAUAGACUCUAAUCCUUCUUUGAACCCCAAUCCUCUGUUCAACUUCACCUUAGUGGACAACGAAAACGAGACUUACUUUACUUAUAAUAUGCUAAACCCGUCCAUGUUAGGCAGACACGUAAUCCAGGUAGAUGGGAGGGAGAAGCAGCUAACGUGGUCUGAGUCUACCCAGGAGUGGUUGCUGACCUAUGUUCAACCGCCGCAACCAUGCGAUAUUUAUGCAUAUUGCGGCCCAUUUGGCUUCUGCAACGACAACUCUACCAACGUUUGUGUUUGCUUGCAAGGUUUCAAGUACAAGUCGGAAAGAGAGUGGGGAUUGAAUGAAUUCUCUGGUGGCUGUGUAAGGAACACCAGUUUGAAGUGUGGAAGUAAUUACCAAGAAGAGGAUAUGGACAGGUUCAUAAUAUAUCCAAACGUGAGAUUGCCAAGACAUCCUAAAAACAUCACAGCUGAGUCUCAGGCAGACUGUGAGUCCACUUGUGUCAAAAAUUGCUCUUGUACCGCCUAUGCUUAUAGCAAUAGCAGUGGUUAUUGUUGGAUUUGGGUGGGACAACUUUUGAACCUGAAACAGUUGGGGGAAGAUGAUAUCAACGGAAGCACAAUUUACAUCAGACUUUCUGCUCCUGAAUUUUCAAAUAUCAAAGAUACAAACUCAAAGCAAUUGCUAGGGAAGCUCAAAGCGAUCAUAGCAAGUGUAGCAGUUGCUGCAGUAGCUCUAGUUGCAAGCACUAUUUUCUGGGUCUGUUACAAAAGGAGAAGAGCCGCAUUGAAAAUAACAGAACUUGCAGUGGACGACGCACUGGAUUUAACAAUAGAUAAAGAUACAGAUGAGAACGGCAUUGGCGUACCGCUCAUCACUUUCCAAAGCAUAUUGGAAGCUACAAACAACUUUUCCGAUGCAAAUAAGCUAGGAGAAGGAGGCUUUGGUCCAGUUUAUAAGGGUAUGCUUCUCGAUGGGGAAGAAAUUGCAAUAAAAAGAUUAUCAAGUCAAUCAAGACAAGGAAUCAACGAAUUUAAGAAUGAAGUUGUACUAAUUGCAAAGCUUCAACAUAGAAAUCUCGUUAGACUUGUAGGGUACUGCUCACAAGUGGGAGAAAAGAUCUUGCUAUAUGAAUAUAUGCCAAACAAGAGUUUAGACACCUUCAUAUUUGAUCAAACACGUCGACUAUUGUUGGAUUGGAGCAAAAGGUUUGACAUUAUAUUGGGAAUCGUUCGAGGGCUUGUAUAUCUUCAUCAUGAUUCAAGAUUGAGAAUUAUUCAUAGAGACAUGAAAACAAGUAACAUUUUAUUAGAUGAAGAAAUGACACCCAAGAUUUCAGAUUUUGGAUUAGCUAGACUGGUUGCGGGAAAUACAUUUGAAGCAAAUACCAAAAAAGUUGCAGGCACCUACGGAUAUAUGUCUCCUGAAUAUGCACUAAGUGGACUCUUCUCAACUAAGUCUGAUGUGUUUAGCUUUGGAGUGAUCAUACUCGAAAUAAUCUGUGGAAAGAAAAACACAACAUUUUAUCAACAUGAGGAAGUCUCAAACCUUUUAGGCUAUGCAUGGAAAUUAUGGAAUGAAGGGAAUGCAAUGGAUUUAUUAGAUGACUCAGUACUAGUAGAAUGCUGUAAGGAAUGCGAAGUGUUGAAGUGCAUAAAUGUUGGGUUGUUAUGUGUUGAAGAAGAUCCAAAUCGUCGUCCUAGCAUGCCUAAUGUAUUUCUAAUGUUGACAGAUGAAAGUAUGAAUUUACCACAACCAAAUCAACCUGCUUUUGUUACAAGAAAUCGAAUUUGCAAUGACUCUUCUACUGUAGAAUAUGAUAAACCAUGUUCCAAUCAAUUAACUUUUUCAGCACAAGAAGGUCGGUAGGGAUUUAUAAAAAUAAUAUAAUAAGUUGUUUGUUCUA